UAACCCCUCUUUACUGCAUAAUGAUAGAUUUCAUUUUGUUGCUCACACUGCAGGAGUAGAUAUUUCUGAUGUUCUAGCUGAUCACCCUCUAGUUGAUUUAACUCAUGUAGAUAAAAGUUUAAAACCUUUUGAGCAUGGAGAUAUGGCUGAUGAUCUCCUGUCUCCCACUAAUCGUGUAAAUAACAAGUUAGUUACUGGUAAUGACGAGUCUCAGUUUCAUGAUUAGGCUGAUGAUUUGCUUAUUAGUGAGGACCUUUGGUACAAGGUCUGCAAAAAAUGUUGUCAUGAGUAGUAUCUUCUGGAAUAUCAGAGGGAUUUUUGCCCCUGGUAGAAAAGCUCUCGUUAUAGACACUUUCAGGAGACAAAGAAAUACAUAAUUUUCAAUGCAUACUUAGCUGUUGGUGGCCAAAACAGAGCGCAACUCCAUAAUUUUCAAUGGAGCAUGUUCUAGUUGCUUGUUUUUCUUUACUUUCAGUUUCAGUUUCCUUUUUAGGGCCUCUUUGAAUUAUUAUUUUUGUGGGGUAGGGCCUCUUUGAUUUGAAGGAUUUUCGUAGGAAUUUUGGAGGAUUUGAACCCGAAGGAUUAUCCCCUAUGGAAGCUCUUUAGAUCAUACUCCCUUUGUCCCAAAAUAAGUGUCUCAAUUUUGAAGGAUUUGAACCCUAAUGCAUGGGUGACUUUUUUUAGGUUUUCUUUAAGAGUCUUUCAGUUUGGCUUGGGGCGGCAAGGCGGCGGUGUUGUUCCAGUGUAGGAAUAAUGCUUUCCCCACUCUUUCCCUGUUCCAUUAAUGUGCUUCUAUCUGGCAGAGGGCGUGCGGAUACGUGUCUCUGGCGGGUCUUCCGGGAUCCAGCAAGUUUACGUUUCCAGUGGAUCGGCAUGUAUUCGGCUGGCUUUCGUGGUCUUUGGAGUUUCUAAAGGCCCUUAUCUGUGGUAUCUUCUCCGGGGUGGCAAUUUGCUUCGCAGAUCAUAUGACCGCCGGCAUCCCCUGGUAUGCAUCAAGGACUUCCCGGUCGCUGCUUGUACAAGCUCGUGAGUUUGAAAAAGCUUGCUCCGCUGAGGCGGAGGGGCAUAGGUGGCAUCGAGCUAUGCUCACAACUUGCCCGUUGGUGGAUGUAGGAGGAAGAGGACUUGGCUUCCCUUGUGGGCUGGCUAGCCGUUUCUGUUUCAUUCACUCGGGAAGAAAAGAAAACCGCUUCCCCCACGACGCCCGCCCUCCCUCUCCCUCUCCCUCUCAUCUCAACUUCUCAACUGCCUACGCUACCUACGUCGCGGCGCCGCCCGGGUCUCCCCUCCCGUCCCCGAUCGAGAUGAGAUCAAUCCCCAACCCCCAUCCUCCCCGGAACCCUAGCUAGCUAGCUCUCCUCCCUCCCCUCCUCCGCGAUCGCCAGCCCCGGCCGGGUAAGAUGGACGCGCUCGGCCCCGACAUCCACCAGCUCUGCCUGCACCUCCUCUCCGGCCACGACGACGCGAGCAAAGCCCAGCCGCCCUUCUUCCACCCGACUCCGACUCCUCCGCAGGCGCCGGGCUCUAGCUACGUCGCCGCCGCCCACCGCCCGGCGGACCUGCCCAUGCAGAUGCAGGGGGGCUGCGCGGGGAACGACUUCCUCAUGUACGGGUUGGCGCGGGGCGCUGGGAACGGCGCGCUGGCGCCGGGGGAGGGCCCGCCGAUGCUUGCCCGCGACGCGUUCCUGGAGAACGACCGGCUCGUGGACGGCUUGGAGUUGGAGGACCCGCUGGCGCUCAUGGGGAUGAGCGGCGACGAGCUGAGUGCCUUCUUGAGCGACGAGGCGGGCGCCGACGCGCUCUGCGUUCUGCCGCCCGAGUUCCUGGCGAGAUCGCUGGCCGCGUGCCAAACGGGGACGGCCGACUCCCCGCCCGUGCCCCCCGCGGGCGGGCCGAGCCGGUCGUCCUCCGGUUCGCCCGGUCUCGGCUGCGCCCGGGCGAGGGCCGCUGACGACUCUCCCGCGGGCGGCGGCGGCGUGGAGGAGCCGCUCACGAGGAUGAUGAGCGGCGACGGGUUGAGCGCGCUCAUGAGCGACGGGGCGGGCGUCAACUCGCUCUGCGUGCCGCUGGAGUGCCUGAUUAGAUCGCUGCCGGUGUACCAGCCGGCCAUGGCCGACUUGCCGCCCGUGCCCACCGCGGCCGUGCCGAGCCAGUCGUCCUCCGGUUCGCCGGGUCUGGGCUGCGCCCACGCGAGAGCCACCGACUCUCCGGUAGGCGGCGCUUAUCAGCCGAUGCCGGACCACCCGCAGGCCGCAUACCUCGACGCGCCGCAGUAGGAGCAUGACAGCGAGGUGGCCCAGAUGGUUCGCGUGGCGGCGCGGUGCGGCGACAAGCCGUCCACGGCGUGGUCCGCGGAGGAGGACCAGCUGCUGCACCGAGGCCUCUCCCGGUACGUGCUGCGCCUUGCUGUCGCCAUUAGCAGAGCAGAGCAGAGCCUCUGUUUUGACUGAGUGACACCAAGACUUUACUGACUCUUCUGCCGAAUCCGCCAUGGAUUCCCUCCCUUUACUGACUCUUCUGCCGCGGAGAAGACGGCGCUUGAUGUCGCGUAUCGGAUCCGCUGGCUGUCAGACUUGGAGAAGAAGGAAGCUGCUAGGCAAGCACAGCUGGGGCAAGAAAAAUCUGCAGUAGCAAAUUUUACCAAGACAAAGGGAACCAAGGUUGCUAACAAGAAAAACAACAAGCAUCCCCUGUCCAAAGAGACUCUAGACUCCAGGAGUGCUCAAGACAUUAUUCGGGAUAAUAACAGGCUUAUGGAUAAAAUAGAAGAAAUCUUGAGAACAGGAGAGGUGAAUAACU